AUGGUUUUCGCUUCUUUACGGAAGAGAAAGAGGAAACACAAGUCAAAAGACCACGAACAUCAGCAAGAUUUACCUUUGCAUUCUUCAACCGAGCCACCGCCCUAUUAUUCUACCAGCAUACGACCAACGUCGCCGGCACCUCCUCCACCACCGCCGCCUCCUCCACCACCCUCUUUCUUUCAAAAAUACAAUCUCUUCAGAAAGGGCAGCAAAAGCAAAAAAAUACAUUCUGUUCCUACGCCCCCGCCUCCACCGCCAACAGCAGCAUUUUCGUUUUCAAAACGAUCAUCUAAGCAAAACAGCCAGAUCCCGCCACCACCAACACCGCCAACUGAACCUUCAAGCAAACGAACUACGGCUAACAACGGCAAAUCCCCAUUGCCUACAAAAGCAAAUACUAUUAGUUAUUAUGACGAAAACGUGAACAGCGGCGGACAGUCACCGUUAAUUCCGGUGCCCCCACCUCCACCACCAUUUAAGAUGGCAGAUUUGAAGUUCGUGAUUCGUGGGGAUUUUGUUAAGAUACGAAGCAGUCCUAGCUCACGGUGUAGCUCUCCCGACUUGGAAGAAAUUGAUGUUUCUUCAAGCAAAGAUGAAACGGAAACAACCAGCAUGACGGAGGGUGAUGAUGUGGUUGGAGUUGCAGGCGUCCCAGUGUGUUGUCCCAGUCCCGAUGUUAACGCUAAAGCUGAGACCUUCAUUGCCAGACUCCGGGGCGGAUGGAAAUUGGAGAAGAUAAACUCCAUUAAAGAGAAGUAA